CCAUACCAGACGAUGUCCAAUCCCAUGAGUAAGUUGACAGUGCUCAACAGUAUGCAUUCUCAUUUUAUUUUGGCUGACAAUGGCACUACUGGCAAAUAUGGAGCAGAGGUGAAACUUCGUAGACAGCUGGAAAAGCACAUUUCACUUCAGAAGAUAAAUACAAGAAUUGGUCAAGGGGUUCCAGUGGUGGCCCUCAUUGUGGAAGGAGGUCCCAAUGUUAUCUCCAUCGUUCUGGAAUACCUGCGAGACACUCCUCCUGUUCCUGUUGUAAUAUGUGAUGGCAGUGGCCGGGCAUCCGACAUCCUUGCCUUUGGUCACAAAUAUUCUGAAGAAGGAGGACUUAUCAAUGAGUCUUUUAGGGACCAGUUGCUAGUUACCAUCCAGAAGACGUUCACCUAUACCCGAAUGCAAGCACAGCACCUCUUCAUUAUCCUCAUGGAGUGCAUGAAGAAGAAGGAGCUGAUCACAGUAUUUCGCAUGGGAUCAGAAGGACACCAGGAUAUUGAUUUAGCUAUCCUGACAGCAUUACUGAAAGGAGCUAAUGCAUCUGCUCCCGACCAGCUGAGCCUAGCAUUAGCCUGGAACAGAGUAGACAUCGCCCGCAGUCAGAUCUUUGUUUAUGGGCAACAAUGGCCGGUGGGCUCCCUUGAGCAAGCAAUGCUGGAUGCACUGGUGCUGGACAGAGUGGAUUUUGUGAAAUUACUCAUAGAGAAUGGAGUAAGCAUGCAUCGUUUUCUCACCAUCUCCCGGCUAGAGGAAUUGUACAAUACGAGGCACGGACCAUCCAACACUUUGUAUCAUCUAGUCAGGGACGUCAAAAAGGGAAACUUACCUCCUGAUUAUCGGAUAAGUCUGAUGGAUAUUGGUUUGGUGAUAGAGUACCUGAUGGGAGGAGCAUAUCGCUGCAACUAUACCCGAAAGCAGUUCAGAACAUUAUACCACAAUUUAUUUGGGCCCAAGAGGCCAAAAGCCCUGAAACUGUUGGGAAUGGAGGAUGAUGUCCCUUUGCGGCGAGGCAGGAAAACAACUAAGAAAAGAGAAGAAGAAGUUGAUAUUGAUUUGGAUGACCCUGAGAUCAAUCAUUUCCCCUUCCCGUUUCAUGAGCUGAUGGUGUGGGCUGUGCUGAUGAAGCGUCAGAAGAUGGCCCUCUUCUUCUGGCAGCAUGGGGAGGAGGCUAUGGCUAAAGCACUGGUGGCCUGUAAACUGUGCAAAGCCAUGGCCCAUGAAGCAUCAGAAAAUGACAUGGUGGACGACAUAUCCCAAGAACUGAACCAUAAUUCCAGGGACUUUGGCCAGUUGGCAGUGGAGCUGCUGGAUCAGUCAUACAAGCAGGACGAGCAAUUGGCAAUGAAACUGCUGACCUAUGAGCUGAAGAACUGGAGCAACGCCACGUGCCUGCAGCUCGCAGUGGCAGCCAAGCACAGGGAUUUCAUUGCUCACACUUGCAGCCAGAUGCUGCUCACGGACAUGUGGAUGGGUCGUCUCCGGAUGCGCAAAAAUUCUGGUCUAAAGGUAAUUCUAGGAAUUCUACUUCCUCCUUCAAUCCUCAGCUUGGAGUUCAAGAACAAAGAUGACAUGCCUUACAUGUCUCAAGCCAGCGAGAUCCAUCUUCAGGAGAAGAAGCCAGAGGAACCAGAAAAAACAGUGAAAGAAAAAGAGGAGGAGGGCAUGGAACUCACUGCAAUGCUGGGACGAGGGAAUGGAGAGUCAUCAAGAAAGAAAGAGGAAGAGGAAGUUCAGAGCAGGCACAGACUCAUCCCUGUUGGAAGAAAAAUCUAUGAGUUCUACAAUGCUCCCAUUGUUAAAUUUUGGUUUUACACACUGGCAUAUAUAGGCUACUUGAUGCUGUUCAAUUAUAUAGUGUUAGUGAAGAUGGAUCGCUGGCCAUCUACACAGGAAUGGAUUGUCAUCUCAUACAUUUUCACACUGGGAAUAGAGAAGAUGAGAGAGAUAUUGAUGUCGGAGCCCGGGAAACUGUUACAGAAAGUAAAAGUUUGGCUCCAGGAGUACUGGAACGUUACUGAUCUCAUAGCGAUUCUCCUGUUCUCCAUUGGGAUGGUGCUCCGUCUGCAAGAUCUGCCUCUCCGGAGUGAUGGCCGAGUGAUAUACUGUGUUAACAUCAUUUACUGGUAUAUACGGUUGUUAGACAUCUUCGGAGUAAACAAGUAUUUGGGACCAUAUGUUAUGAUGAUUGGGAAAAUGAUGAUAGACAUGAUGUAUUUUGUCAUCAUCAUGUUGGUGGUUCUGAUGAGCUUUGGCGUUGCGAGACAGGCUAUUCUCUUCCCCAAUGAGGAGCCUUCAUGGAAGCUGGCAAAAAACAUUUUUUACAUGCCUUACUGGAUGAUCUAUGGGGAAGUGUUUGCAGACCAGAUAGACCCUCCCUGUGGUCAAAAUGAAACCAGAGAAGAUGGCAAAAUAAUCCAGCUGCCUCCUUGCAAGACAGGAGCAUGGAUCGUUCCUGCCAUCAUGGCCUGUUACCUCUUGGUUGCAAAUAUCCUUUUGGUAAACCUCCUCAUUGCUGUUUUCAACAAUACAUUUUUUGAAGUCAAAUCCAUAUCUAACCAAGUAUGGAAGUUUCAAAGGUAUCAACUAAUCAUGACAUUUCAUGAAAGACCAGUUCUCCCACCACCUCUGAUCAUUUUCAGCCAUAUGACUAUGAUAUUCCAACACCUCUGCUGUAGAUGGCGGAAACAUGAAAGUGACCCAGAUGAGAGAGACUACGGAUUAAAACUUUUCAUAACUGAGGAUGAACUGAAAAAAGUCCAUGAUUUUGAAGAGCAGUGCAUAGAAGAAUAUUUUAGAGAAAAGGAUGACAAAUUCAAUUCCUCAAAUGAUGAAAGAAUCCGUGUCACUUCAGAAAGGAUAGAGAACAUGGCCAUGCGACUGGAAGAAGUAAAUGAGCGCGAGCACUGCAUGAAGGCAUCUCUCCAGACUGUUGACAUCAGGCUUGCUCAGUUGGAGGAUAUGAUAGGAAGAAUGGCGAUGGCCUUGGAAAAAUUGACUGGUAUAGAGAGAGGUGAGACGACCAAGAUACGAUCCAGGACCUCCUCCGACUGUACCGACACAGCCUACAUUGUAAGGCAGAGUAGCUUCAACAGUCAGGAAGGAAAUACUUACAAGCUUCAGGAGAGCGUAGAUCUCACAGGAGAGGAGUCCAUGUCCCCAAUGUCACCUACAAUCACUCCCCGCAUGCGAAGCCACUCUUUCUAUGCAACAAAUACGAAGGAGAAGUGUGGGCUGGAAAAGUUUGAAAGCAUUUUUAAAGAAAGAUCCAUGAUCCUGCACCGUGCUAGCAGUUCUCACUCCAUAGCAAAAGAAGCAAAGGUUCCCUUAGCCCCUACCAGCACUUUGUCGAUUGCCCCAGACUCCAGAAGGCCUUCAUCUUGUAUAGACAUCUACGUUUCUGCCAUGGAUGAGAUGCAGUCUGAAAUAGAGCCUCUCAACAGCUCAAUAAACAUUCUUGGUACUGGAGAUGUGGCUCUACAGGCUCACAUAGCCUCUUCCAUUUUAGCUAACAGUGCGUACAUUAGCAGUACACCAGGUGAAAGAAUUUCUGGCAGGAGUCUUGAUUAUGAGGAAACUUCUGGAAUAGAAACAAGAGCAUUUUCUUCAGACUAUUCACAAAUCACAGAUUGCCAAAUCCCCUGGGAUUCAGACCCUCCCUUGUAUCACACCUUAGAGCGAUCUAAAAGCAGUCGUUAUCUGCCUACAACUCCAUCUAUUCUGGAGGAAACAUCAAUCAUGAAAUCUCACAGUUUUAUGUUCUCUCCAUCUCGAAGCUACUUCAGCAGCCUUGGCGUCCCAGUCAAAACAGCAGAGUACACAAGUAUUACAGACUGCAUAGACACGAGGUGUGUGAGCACUCCCCAGACCAUCGCUGUGAGGGCCAGUUUCCCUGGAAGUCUUGGAGGCAAGGUGGAGGACUUGGGAUGCUGCCACCCAGAGAGAGAGGCAGAACUAAGCCACUCAAGCUCUGAUCAUGAGGAUAUUGAGGCCAAAGACAAGAAGGGGACCCCUUUAUCUCCUCAAGAUGGCAAUGCUGCAAGAACUCUGACCAACAGCAUCCCACUUCCAAAAACAGAGCGAGCCAACAGCUACUCUGUGGAGGAGUCCAACAUGUAUGCACAGCACACACAGAAAAGCUAUUCUAUCAGUGACAAACUUGACAGACAGCAAAAUGCAACAGGCCUGCGAAAUCCCUUCCAGAGGAGGCCUUGUUUUGUUAACUACCUGUGAAAGACUGAGUAAUGCCCUAAUCUCCUUUUUCUCAUACCUCCAACAUCUCCACUGACUCCACCUACAUUCCAAGUGCAAAACGCAGUCCACAGUGUCAACAGGAGUUUCAAACUUCUCAUGAAAAGAUAUCACAGUGGUCAGAGGGGGAAGAGGAUGCAGAAGAUAAGGAAAAGGUACUGAAGCAUAAAGAGCAUUUGGACUCACAUCCUUUAUGAGGCGAAAACUUAAGCUUGAAAAGAGUUGAAGCUAGUGCUUUUAAAAAUCAAAGCACCUCUAAAAUGACUAACAGCUAUGUAGAACCAGAUCCUUUUUGUUUUAAAAUAUGAACACGUGCAACUGAGGUACAUCCCAUUUAUUAUCUUCCAAAUCUCUAAGGUAGCUUUGAAAAUGGAGGCUGACAUUUUCUCACUAAGAUCUCACCCUGGCAGACUCUGAGCACUGUAUGACAGUUAAUUCUGAAGGGCAACAAAUCCCCACCCAAAAAUAAUCAUCUGCCUCAACACAAAGGACAAAGAAAGUAAAAACCCUUUAGGCACCGACUCCCUUUGUUGGAAAGUUCAUAAAAUAAAGAAAUGCAAUGUAGUGACAUUAAACACAACCUGCUUCAUACUUUCUGCACUGACGUGUUCCUUUCUUUAUUUUCUUUAACCAGGCUUUCAAUGAGCUAAACCCCAUCCAGACACUGUUUACACAAUUACCUUGCAGUCCAUGUGCAGCUUUAUGGUCAUGUGGUGACACUGAGAAAGGUCAGAAACUGUCCCCUUUCUGUGCAUUAUGAAGCAUGCUUGUGACAGGCUGAUUGUUAAACAAUAGCACAAAGCCCAGGGACAAAGGAACUUGUGUUUAACAAGCUGCUUCAAAUGUGACAACUUUUGUUAGCAUCCUUUUCCUAAAGCUUCUCCAAAUCACAGAAUCACAGAACAGUUGAGGUUGGAAGGGACCUCUGGAGAUCAUCUAG